CACAAAUCGGGCCCUAAACAUCAACGUCGUGCGACAUGUAUCGUGAAGGGAUCUGACGAUAGAUACUCGUCCGUAUCUCAUGUGAAGUGUAAGUUACCAACAUUUGCUUGGCAAGUCCUGAUGAAGCCGAGAUGGAAGUGGCAGGCCUCACCGCCUUCUUGUUUUCGCCCAAACGUCCUUCGACCAUGCACUUUGUAACAUCUCAACUCUUCGACAGCGGCGCGAAUCCAGCCCGUCUGCGCGAAAAUGAGAGUAGCUGACCAGAUAUUAUUCUUUCUUGGGACUGUAGCGACCGUACUGUCGCUCUACUACGGCUACACCAAGCAAUGCACCGCGCCUAAUGCCCAACAAGGUCACACCGGAUACUUCGAAUAUGAAUGUGCAGGCAAACCUCACCACUCGAGCUGGACCAGCUGGUGGCAUCCUCAACGCAGCGAAGGUAGUAUCUCCGAGCGAAACCAGGGCGCAGGCACUACAACCAAAGACUGGAACAUCCUCUACCAUCUCGGCGGCAACGGCCCCUGGGUAGAAAAGCUCAUCGACCUCGCCGAACCUAGUAUUGCAGUUCCUCCUGGCUGCCAAGUCUCGCAAGUCCACAUGAUGUCCCGCCACGCAGAACGCUACCCCACGAAGACCGCUGGACGCAACCAACGCGCCGUCGUCGACAAAAUGAGAAACAGCAACAUAUCCUUCACCGGCGCUCUUGCCUUCUUCGACUCCUGGAAACUAUUCUGGGCGAACGAUACCAGCCUCGAGCACCUCACCACCACGGGCCCGUUCGCAGGCCGUCUCGGCGCGUUCACCACCGGCGUGCGCCUGCGCACGCGCUACUCCUCGCUCCUCUCGCGCGCGCUUGCCCAAAACGCAACGAACUACUGGGCCAGCGACUCACCCCGCGUUAUCGACACCGCGCGCUACUUCGCUGCCGGCUUCUACGGGCUCGACGCGCGCCCGCACCUACACGUGAUCCCAGAGACGCCGGAUCGCGGCGCCGACACGCUGACGCCGGGCCGCACGUGCCCCCGGAAUCUCGCUGAUAAGCAGGAAGGGAAGGCGAAGGGGUACCGGCUCAUGGCCGAGUACCAGCAGACCUACCUACCGCCCAUUGCCGCGCGCCUGUCCUCCCAACACGGUCUGGAUCUCUCAAGCAAGGAUGUGUGGGCGAUGCAAGAACUGUGCGGAUUUGAGACGACGGUACGCGGGGGGAGCGAGUGGUGUGAGGUGUUUACGCAAGAAGAGUUCUUGGCGUUCGAGUAUGCGAGAGACCUGCUGCAUUUUUAUCGUGCGGGGCCGGGACAGCGAUACGCCGCAUCCAUGGGGUCGUUGUGGGUUGAUGCUACGGCAGAGUUGAUGCGGCGAGGGCAGGGAGCUGGGGCGCUGUUUUUCAGUUUUGUCCACGAUGGCGACAUAGCCCCCAUGAUCACCGCGCUCGACGUCAUCAACGACGACGAACUUUUGCCCACGACACACAUCAAUCACAAUCGCAAAUGGCGCAAGUCACAGGUCUCGCCCAUGGGCGGGCGGGUGAUCUUAGAGGUUCUGGAGUGUGGGGAUACUGCCAUCAACCUAGACAACGGCGAGAGGCGAGAUGCAGAUUCAAGAGAUGAACAGUCGACGCUAAACAAGUUUGUGCGUCUUAACAUAAACGACGGCAUAACGGCCUUCCCCGACUGCCGCUCAGGGCCGGGCUCAUCCUGCCCGCUGGCGCAGUUCCUUGCACGCACGAAUAGGAAGAGUAGGGAAGCGGGCAGGUUUGCGGAGAUCUGCGAGAUGGCUGAGGGGUCUGGGGAGGUGAAUGGGGAGGGCGGCAUCACAUUUCUGCAUCAGUAAGGGUAUCAAGGCAGCGAGUAAGAAAAAGCAAAAGCGAAGAGGAGUUGUAGUGUAGUAGAUUCGAGAAGUUCUUUGCUGGGGUGUUUAGGAAUCAGUACAUUAGCAAGUGCCCUCCAAAAAAUCUACAUCAGUACAAAUCACUACA